AUGGACGUGGACGUGGACGUGGACGUGGAGGUGGACGUGGACGUGGACGUGGACGUGGUCGUGGACGUGGACGUGGACGUGGACGUGGACGUCGACGUGGACGUGGACGUGGACAUGGACGUGAACGUGGACGUGGUCGUGGACGUGGACGUGGACGUGGACGUGGACGUGGACGUGGAGGUGGAUGUGGACGUGGACAUAGACGUGGUCGUGGACUUGGACGUGGACGUGGUCGUGGACGUGGACGUGGACUUGGACGUGGACGUGGACGUGGACGUGGACAUGGACGUGGACGUGGACGUGGACGUGGACGUGGACGUACACGUGGACGUGGACGUACACGUGGACGUGGACGUGGACGUACACGUGGACGUGGACGUGGACAUGGACGUGGACGUGGACGAGGACGUGGACGUGGACGUGGACGUGGACGAGGACGUGGACGUGGACGAGGACGUGGACGUGGACCUGGACGUGGAGGACGUGGACAUGGACGUGGACGUGGACAUGGACGUGGACAUGGACGUGGACGUGGACGUGGACGUGGACGUGGACGUGGUCGUGGACGUGGACGUGGUCGUGGUCGUGGACAUGGACGUGGACGUGGACGUGGACGUGGACGUUGACGUGGACGUGGACCAGGACGUGGACGUGGACGUGGACGUGGACGUGGACGUAGACCUGGACGUGGACGUGGACGUGCACGUGGACGUGGACGUGGAGGUGGACGUGGACGUGGACGUGGACGUGGACUUGGACGUGGACGUGGACGUGGACGUGGACUUGGACGUGGACGUGGACGUGGACGUGGACAUGGACGUGGACGUGGACGUGGACGUGGACGUGGACGUGGACGACGUGGUCGUGGACGUCGACGUGGACGUGGACAUGGACGUGGACGUGGACGUGGACGUGGACGUGGAGGUGGACGUGGACGUGGACGUGGACGUGGACGUGGUCGUGGACGUGGACGUGGACGUGGACGUGGACGUAGUCGUGGACGUGGAGGUGGACGUGGACAUGGACGUGGACGUGGACGUGGACGUGGACGUGGAGGUGGACGUGGACGUACACGUGGACGUGGACGUGGACGUGGACGUACACGUGGACGUACACGUGGACGUGGACGUGGACAUGGACGUGGACGUGGACGUGGACGUGGUUGUGGACGUGGACGUGGAGGACGUGGCCGUGGACGUGGACGUGGAGGACGUGGACGUGGACAUGGACGUGGACGUGGACGUGGACGUGGACAUGGACGUGGACAUGGACGUGGACAUGGACGUGGACGUGGACGUGGACGUGGACGUGGACGUGGACAUGGACGUGGACGUGGACGUGGACGUGGACGUGGACGUGGACGUAGACGUGGUCGUGGACGUGGACGUGGACGUGGUCGUGGACGUGGACGUGGACGUGGACGUGGACAUGGACGUGGACGUGGACGUGGACGUGGUCGUGGUCGUGGACGUGGACGUGGACGUGGACAUGGUCGUGGACGUGGACGUGGACGUGGUCGUGGACAUGGACGUGGACGUGGACGUGGUCGUGGACGUGGACGUGGACGUGGACGUGGACGUGGACGUGGACGUGGACGUGGUCGUGGACGUGGACGUGGACGUGGACGUGGACGUGGACGUGGACGUGGAGGUAGACGUGGACGUGGACAUAGACGUGGUCGUGGACGUGGACGUGGUCGUGGACGUAGACGUGGACGUGGACGCGUGGAUGUGGACGUGGACGUGGACGUGGACGUGGACGUGGACGCGUGGACGUGGACGUGGACGUGGACAUGGACGUGGACGCGUGGACGUGGUCGUGGACGUGGACGUGGACGUGGACAUGGACGUUGACGUGGACGUGGACGUGGACGUGGAUCGUGGACGUGGACGUGGACGUGGACGUGAACGCGGACGUGGACGUGGACGCGGACAUGGACGUGGACGUGGACGUGGACGUGAACGCGGACGUGGACGUGGACGCGGACAUGGACGUGGACGUGGACGUGGACUUGGACGUGGACCCGGACGUGGACGUGGACGUGGAGUGGACAUGAACGUGGACGUGGUCGUGGACGUGGACGUGGACGUGGACAUGGACGUGGACGUGGACGUGGACGUGGAGGUGGACGUGGACGUGGACGUGGACGUGGUCAUGGACGUGGACGUGGACGUGGACGUGGACGUCGACGUGGACGUGGACGUGGACAUGGACGUGAACGUGGACGUGGUCGUGGACGUGGACGUGGACGUGGACGUGGACGUGGACGUGGAGGUGGAUGUGGACGUGGACAUAGACGUGGUCGUGGACUUGGACGUGGACGUGGUCGUGGACGUGGACGUGGACUUGGACGUGGACGUGGACGUGGACGUGGACAUGGACGUGGACGUGGACGUGGACGUGGACGUACACGUGGACGUGGACGUGGACGUACACGUGGACGUGGACGUACACGUGGACGUGGACGUGGACAUGGACGUGGACGUGGACGAGGACGUGGACGUGGACGUGGACGUGGACGAGGACGUGGACGUGGACGAGGACGUGGACGUGGACCUGGACGUGGAGGACGUGGACAUGGACGUGGACGUGGACAUGGACGUGGACGUAGACGUGGACGUGGACGUGGACGUGGACGUGGACGUGGUCGUGGACGUGGACGUUGACGUGGACGUGGACGUGGACCAGGACGUGGACAUGGACGUGGACGUAGACGUGGACGUGGACGUGGACAUGGACGUGGACGUGGUCGUGGUCGUGGACAUGGACGUGGACGUUGACGUGGACGUGGACGUUGACGUGGACGUGGACGUGGACCAGGACGUGGACGUGGACGUGGACGUGGACGUGGACGUGGACGUGGACGUGGACCUGGACGUGGACGUGGACGUGGACGUGGACGUGGACGUGGAGGUGGACGUGGACGUGGACGUGGACGUGGACGUGGACUUGGACGUGGACGUGGACGUGGACUUGGACGUGGACGUGGACGUGGACGUGGCCAUGGACGUGGACGUGGACGUGGACGUGGACGUGGACGACGUGGACGUGGACAUGGACGUGAACGAGGACGUGGUCGUGGACGUGGACGUGGACGUGGACAUGGACGUGGACGUGGACGUGGACGUGGACGUGGACGUGGAGGUGGACGUGGACGUGGACGUGGACGUGGACGUGGACGUGGACGUGGUCGUGGACGUGGACGUGGACGUGGACGUGGACGUAGUCGUGGACGUGGAGGUGGACGUGGAGGUGGACGUGGACGUGGACGUGGACGUGGACGUGGAGGUGGACGUGGAGGUGGACGUGGACGUGGACGUGGACGUGGACGUACACGUGGACGUACACGUGGACGUGGACGUGGACGUGGACGUGGACGUGGUUGUGGACGUGGACGUGGAGGACGUGGCCGUGGACGUGGACGUGGAGGACGUGGACGUGGACAUGGACGUGGACGUGGACGUGGACGUGGACAUGGACGUGGACAUGGACGUGGACGUGGACGUGGACGUGGACGUGGACGUGGACAUGGACGUGGACGUGGACGUGGACGUAGACGUGGUCGUGGACGUGGACGUGGACGUGGUCGUGGACGUGGACGUGGACGUGGACGUGGACGUGGACAUGGACGUGGACGUGGACGUGGACGUGGUCGUGGUCGUGGACGUGGACGUGGACGUGGACAUGGUCGUGGACGUGGACGUGGACGUGGUCGUGGACAUGGACGUGGACGUGGACGUGGACGUGGUCGUGGACGUGGACGUGGACGUGGACGUGGACGUGGACGUGGACGUGGUCGUGGACGUGGACGUGGACGUGGACGUGGACGUGGACGUGGACGUGGACGUGGACGUGGACAUAGACGUGGUCGUGGACGUGGACGUGGUCGUGGACGUAGACGUGGACGUGGACGCAAGGACGUGGACGUGGACGUGGACGUGGACGUGGACGCGUGGACGUGGACACGCGGACAUGGACGUGGACGUGGACAUGGACGUGGACGUGGACGUGGACGUGGGCGUGGACGUGGACGUGGACGUGGACAUGGACGUGGUCGUGGACGUGGUCGUGGACGUGGACGUGGACGGGGUCGUGGACGUGGUCGUGGACGUGGACGUGGACGUGGACGUGGACGCGGACGUGGAUGCGGACGUGGACGUAGACGUGGACGUGGGCGUGGACGUGGACGUGGACGUGGACAUGAACGUGGACGUGGACGUUAACGUGGACGUGGACGUGGACGUGGACGUGGACGUGGACGUGGACGUGGUCGUGGACGUGGACGUGGACGUGGACGUGGACGUGGACGUGGACGUGGACGUGGACAUGGUCGUAGACGUGGACGUGGACGAGGACGUGGACUUGGACGUGGACAUGGACGUGGACGUGGACUUGGACAUGGUCGUGGACGUGGUCGUGGACGUGGACAUGGUCGUGGACUUGGACGUGGACGUGGACGUGGACGUGGACUUGGACGUGGACGUGGGCGUGGACGUGGACGUGGACGUAGACGUGGACGUGGACUUGGACGUGGACGUGGACAUGGACGUGGACGUGGACAUGGUCGUGGUCGUGGACGUGGACGUGGACGUGGACGUGGACAUGGUCAUGGACGUGGACGUGGACGUGGACGUGGACGUGGUCGUGGACGUGGACGUGGACGUGGUCGUGGUCGUGGACGUGGACGGGGUCGUGGACGUGGACGUGGACGUGGACGCGGACGUGGACGCGGACGUGGAUGCGGACGUGGACGUGGACGUGGACGUGGGCGUGGACGUGGACGUGGACGUGGACAUGGACGUAGACGUGGACGUGGACGUGGACGUGGACGUGGGCGUGGACGUGGAUGUGGACGUGGACAUGGACGUGGUCGUGGACGUGGUCGUGGACGUGGACGUGGACGUGGACGUGGACAUGGUCGUGGACGUGGAUGUGGAGGUGGACAUGGUCGUGGACGUGGACGUGGAGGACUUGGACGUGGAGAUGGACGUGGACGUGGACGUGGACGUGGACGUGGACAUGGACUUGGACGUGGACGUGGACGUGGACCUGGACGUGGACGUGGACGUGGACGUGGACGUGGACGUGGACCUGGACGUGGACGUGGACGUGGACGUGGACGUGGUCGUGGACGUGGACGUGGACGUGGACGUGGACGUGGACUUGGACGUGGACGUGGACGUGGACGUGGACUUGGACGUGGACGUGGACAUGGACGUGGACGUGGACAUGGACGUGGACGUGGACGUGGACGUGGACGUGGACGUGGAGGUGGACAUGGUCGUGGAGGUGGAGGUGGACGUGGACGUGGACAUGGUCGUGGACGUGGACGUGGACGUGGACGUAGACGUGGACGUGGACGUGGACGUGGACGUGGACGUGGACGUGGAGGUGGACGUGGAGGUGGACGUGGUCGUGGACGUGGACGUGGUCGUGGACGUGGACGUGGACGUGGUCGUGGACGUGGACGUGGACGUGGACGUGGACGUGGACGUGGACGUACACGUGGACGUGGACGUGGACGUGGACGUACACGUGGACGUGGACGUGGACGUACACGUGGACGUAGACGUGGACAUGGACGUGGACGUGGACGUGGACGUGGACGUGGACGUGGACGUGGACGUGGAGGACGUGGACGUGGACGUGGACGUGGAGGACGUGGACGUGGGACGUGGACAUGGACGUGGACGUGGACGUGGACAUGGACGUGGACGUGGACGCGUGGACGUGGUCGUGGACGCGGACAUGGACGUGGACGUGGACGUGGUCGUGGUCGUGGACGUGGACGUGGACGUGGACGUGGUCGUGGACGUGGACGUGGACGUGGACGUGGACAUGGACGUGGACGUGGACGUGGACGUACACGUGGACGUGGACGUGGACGUGGACGUGGACGUGGACGUGGAGAUGGACGUGGACAUGGACGUGGACGUGGACGUGGACGUGGACGUGGUCGUGGACGUGGACGUGGACGUGGACAUGGACGUGGACGUGGACGUGGAUGUGGAUGUGGACGUGGACGUGGACGUGGACGUGAGGGACGUGGACGUGGACGUGGAGGACGUGGACGUGGACGUGGACGUGGAGGACGUGGACGUGGACAUGGACGUGGACGUGGACAUGGACGUGGACGUGGACGUUGUCCUGGUCGUGGACGUGGACGUGGACGUGGACUUGGUCGUGGACGUGGACGUGGACGUGGACGUGGACAUGGACGUGGACGUGGACGUGGACGAACACGUGGACGUGGACGUACACGUGGACGUGGACGUGGACGUGGACAUGGACGUGGACGUGGACGUGGACGUGGACGUGGACGUGGACGUGGAGAUGGACGUGGACGUGGACAUGGACGUGGACGUGGACAUGGACGUGGACGUGGACCUGGUCGUGGACGUGGACGUGGAUGUGGAGGUGGACGUGGACGUGGACGUGGACGAGGACAUGGACGUGGACGUGGACGUGGACGUACACGUGGACGUGGACGUACACGUGGACGUGGACGUGGACGUGGAGGUGGACGUGGACCUGGACGUGGACGUGGACGUGGACGUGGACGUGGAGAUGGACGUGGACGUGGACAUGGACGUGGACGUGGACAUGGACGUGGACGUGGACCUGGUCGUGGACGUGGACGUGGACGUGGACGUGGACGUGGACUUGGACGUGGACGUGGACGUGGACGUGGACGUGGACGUGGACGUGGAGGUGGACGUGGAGGUGGACAUGGUCGUGGAGGUGGACGUGGACGUGGACGUGGACCUGGUCGUGGACGUGGACGUGGACGUGGACUUGGACGUGGACGUGGACGUGGACGUGGACGUGGACGUGGACGUGGACGUGGUCGUGGAGGUGGACGUGGACGUGGACGUGGACGUGGACGUGGACGUGGACGUGGACGUGGACGUGGACGUGGACGUGGACGUGGACGUGGACGUGGACGUACACGUGGACGUGGACGUGGACGUGGACGUGGACGUGGACAUGGACGUGGACGUGGACGUGGACGUGGAGAUGGACGUGGACAUGGACGUGGACGUAAACGUGGACGUGGACGUGGACGUGGACGUGGACGUGGACGUGGACUUGGACGUGAACGUGGACGUGGACGUGGACGUGGACAUGGACGUGAACGUGGACGUGGUCGUGGUCAUGGAGGUGGACGUGGACGUGAACGUGGACGUGGUCGUGGACGUGGACGUGGACAUGGACUUGGACGUGGACGUGGACGUGGACCUGGACGUGGACGUGGACGUGGACGUGGACCUGGACGUGGACGUGGACGUGGACGUGGACGUGGACGUGGUCGUGGACGUGGACGUGGACGUGGACGUGGACGUGGACUUGGACGUGGACGUGGACGUGGACUUGGACGUGGACGUGGACAUGGACGUGGACGUGGACAUGGACGUGGACGUGGACGUGGACGUGGACGUGGACGUGGAGGUGGACAUGGUCGUGGAGGUGGAGGUGGACGUGGACGUGGACAUGGUCGUGGACGUGGACGUGGACGUGGACGUAGACGUGGACGUGGACGUGGACGUGGACGUGGACGUGGACGUGGACGUGGAGGUGGACGUGGAGGUGGACGUGGUCGUGGACGUGGACGUGGUCGUGGACGUGGACGUGGACGUGGUCGUGGACGUGGACGUGGACGUGGACGUGGACGUGGACGUGGACGUACACGUGGACGUGGACGUGGACGUGGACGUACACGUGGACGUGGACGUGGACGUGGACGUACACGUGGACGUAGACGUGGACGUGGACGUGGACGUGGACGUGGACGUGGACGUGGACGUGGACGUGGAGGACGUGGACGUGGACAUGGACGUGGAGGACGUGGACGUGGGACGUGGACAUGGACGUGGACGUGGACGUGGACAUGGACGUGGACGUGGACGCGUGGACGUGGUCGUGGACGCGGACAUGGACGUGGACGUGGACGUGGUCGUGGUCGUGGACGUGGACGUGGACGUGGACGUGGUCGUGGACGUGGACGUGGACGUGGACAUGGACGUGGACAUGGACGUGGACGUGGACGUGGACGUACACGUGGACGUGGACGUGGACGUGGACGUGGACGUGGACGUGGACGUGGACGUGGAGAUGGACGUGGACAUGGACGUGGACGUGGACGUGGACGUGGACGUGGUCGUGGACGUGGACGUGGACGUGGACAUGGACGUGGACGUGGACGUGGAUGUGGAUGUGGACGUGGACGUGGACGUGGACGUGGAGGACGUGGACGUGGACGUGGAGGACGUGGACGUGGACGUGGACGUGGAGGACGUGGACGUGGACAUGGACGUGGACGUGGACGUGGACGUGGACGUGGACAUGGACGUGGACGUGGACGUGGACGUGGACGUGGACAUGGACGUGGACGUGGACGUGGACGUACACGUGGACGUGGACGUGGACGUACACGUGGACGUGGACGUGGACGUGGACGUGGACGUGGACCUGGACGUGGACGUGGACGUGGACGUGGACGUGGAGAUGGACGUGGACGUGGACAUGGACAUGGACGUGGACAUGGACGUGGACGUAAACGUGGACGUGGACGUGGACGUGGACGUGGACGUGGACGUGGACGUGGACGUGGACUUGGACGUGGACGUGGACGUGGACGUGGACGUGGACAUGGACGUGAACGUGGACGUGGUCGUGGUCAUGGAGGUGGACGUGGACGUGAACAUGGACGUGGUCGUGGACGUGGACGUGGACGUGGACGUGGACGUGGACGUGGAGGUGGACGUGGACGUGGACGUGGACGUGGUCGUGGACGUGGACGUGGAUGUGGUCGUGGACGUGGACGUGGACGUGGACUUGGACGUGGACGUGGACGUGGACGUGGACGUGGACGUGGACGUACACGUGGACGUGGACAUGGACGUAGACGUGGACGUGGACAUGGACGUGGACGUGGACGUGGACGUGGACGUGGACCUGGACGUGGACGUGGACGUGGAGGACGUGGACGUGGACGUGGACGUGGAGGACGUGGAUGUGGACAUGGACGUGGACGUGGACGUGGACGUGGACGUGGACGUGGACGUGGACGUGGAGGUGGACGUGGACGUGGACGUGGACGUGGACGUGGAGGUGGACGUGGAGGUGGACGUGGACGUGGACGUGGACGUGGACGUACACGUGGACGUACACGUGGACGUGGACGUGGACGUGGACGUGGACGUGGUUGUGGACGUGGACGUGGAGGACGUGGCCGUGGACGUGGACGUGGAGGACGUGGACGUGGACAUGGACGUGGACGUGGACGUGGACGUGGACAUGGACGUGGACAUGGACGUGGACGUGGACGUGGACGUGGACGUGGACGUGGACGUGGACAUGGACGUGGACGUGGACGUGGACGUAGACGUGGACGUGGACGUGGACGUGGUCGUGGACGUGGACGUGGACGUGGACGUGGACGUGGACAUGGACGUGGACGUGGACGUGGACGUGGUCGUGGUCGUGGACGUGGACGUGGACGUGGACAUGGUCGUGGACGUGGACGUGGACGUGGUCGUGGACAUGGACGUGGACGUGGACGUGGACGUGGUCGUGGACGUGGACGUGGACGUGGACGUGGACGUGGACGUGGUCGUGGACGUGGACGUGGACGUGGACGUGGACGUGGACACGUGGACGUGGACGCGUGGACGUGGACGUGGACGUGGACGUGGACGUGGACGUGGACGUGGACGCGUGGACGUGGACGUGGACGUGGACGUGGACGUGGACAUGGACGUGGACGUGGACGCGUGGACGUGGUCGUGGACGUGGACGUGGACGUGGACAUGGACGUUGACGUGGACGUGGACGUGGACGUGGAUCGUGGACGUGGACGUGGACGUGGACGUGAACGCGGACGUGGACAUAGACGCGGACAUGGACGUGGACGUGGACGUGGACGUGGACGUGGACGUGGACGUGGACGUGGGCGUGGACGUGGACGUGGACGUGGACAUGGACGUGGUCGUGGACGUGGUCGUGGACGUGGACGUGGACGGGGUCGUGGACGUGGUCGUGGACGUGGACGUGGACGUGGACGUGGACGCGGACGUGGAUGCGGACGUGGACGUAGACGUGGACGUGGGCGUGGACGUGGACGUGGACGUGGACAUGAACGUGGACGUGGACGUUAACGUGGACGUGGACGUGGACGUGGACGUGGACGUGGACGUGGACGUGGACGUGGUCGUGGACGUGGACGUGGACGUGGACGUGGACGUGGACGUGGACGUAGACGUGGACGUGGACAUGGUCGUGGACGUGGACGUGGACGAGGACGUGGACUUGGACGUGGACAUGGACGUGAACGUGGACUUGGACAUGGUCGUGGACGUGGUCGUGGACGUGGACAUGGUCGUGGACUUGGACGUGGACGUGGACGUGGACGUGGACUUGGACGUGGACGUGGGCGUGGACGUGGACGUGGACGUAGACGUGGACGUGGACUUGGACGUGGACGUGGACAUGGACGUGGACGUGGACAUGGUCGUGGUCGUGGACGUGGACGUGGACGUGGACGUGGACGUGGACAUGGUCAUGGACGUGGACGUGGACGUGGACGUGGACGUGGACGUGGACGUGGACGUGGACGUGGUCGUGGACGUGGACGUGGACGUGGUCGUGGUCGUGGACGUGGACGGGGUCGUGGACGUGGACGCGGACGUGGACGCGGACGUGGACGCGGACGUGGAUGCGGACGUGGACGUGGACGUGGACGUGGGCGUGGACGUGGACGUGGACGUGGACAUGGACGUGGACGUGGACGUGGACGUGGACGUGGACGUGGGCGUGGACGUGGAUGUGGACGUGGACAUGGACGUGGUCGUGGACGUGGUCGUGGACGUGGACGUGGACGUGGACGUGGACAUGGUCGUGGACGUGGAUGUAGAGGUGGACAUGGUCGUGGACGUGGACGUGGAGGACUUGGACGUGGAGAUGGACGUGGACGUGGACGUGGACGUGGACGUGGACAUGGACUUGGACGUGGACGUGGACGUGGACCUGGACGUGGACGUGGACGUGGACGUGGACGUGGACGUGGACCUGGACGUGGACGUGGACGUGGACGUGGACGUGGACGUGGUCGUGGACGUGGACGUGGACGUGGACGUGGACGUGGACUUGGACGUGGACGUGGACGUGGACGUGGACUUGGACGUGGACGUGGACAUGGACGUGGACGUGGACAUGGACGUGGACGUGGACGUGGACGUGGACGUGGACGUGGACGUGGAGGUGGACAUGGUCGUGGAGGUGGAGGUGGACGUGGACGUGGACAUGGUCGUGGACGUGGACGUGGACGUGGACGUAGACGUGGACGUGGACGUGGACGUGGACGUGGACGUGGACGUGGACGUGGAGGUGGACGUGGAGGUGGACGUGGUCGUGGACGUGGACGUGGUCGUGGACGUGGACGUGGACGUGGUCGUGGACGUGGACGUGGACGUGGACGUGGACGUGGACGUACACGUGGACGUGGACGUGGACGUGGACGUGGACGUACACGUGGACGUGGACGUGGACGUGGACGUACACGUGGACGUAGACGUGGACGUGGACGUGGACGUGGACGUGGACGUGGACGUGGACGUGGACGUGGACGUGGAGGACGUGGACGUGGACGUGGACGUGGAGGACGUGGACGUGGGACGUGGACAUGGACGUGGACGUGGACGUGGACAUGGACGUGGACGUGGACGCGUGGACGUGGUCGUGGACGCGGACAUGGACGUGGACGCGGACGUGGUCGUGGUCGCGGACGUGGACGUGGACGUGGACGUGGUCGUGGACGUGGACGUGGACGUGGACGUGGACGUGGACAUGGACGUGGACGUGGACGUGGACGUACACGUGGACGUGGACGUGGACGUGGACGUGGACGUACACGUGGAGAUGGACGUGGACAUGGACGUGGACGUGGACGUGGACGUGGACGUGGUCGUGGACGUGGACGUGGACGUGGACGUGGACGUGGUCGUGGACGUGGACGUGGACGUGGACAUGGACGUGGACGUGGACGUGGACGUGGACGUGGACGUGGACGUGGACGUGGACGUGGAGGACGUGGACGUGGACGUGGAGGACGUGGACGUGGACGUGGACGUGGAGGACGUGGACGUGGACAUGGACGUGGACGUGGACGUGGACGUGGACGUGGACAUGGACGUGGACAUGGACGUGGACGUGGACAUGGACGUGGACGUGGACAUGGACGUGGACGUGGACCUGGUCGUGGACGUGGACGUGGAUGUGGAGGUGGACGUGGACGUAGACGUGGACGUGGACAUGGACGUGGACGUGGACGUGGACGUACACGUGGACGUGGACGUACACGUGGACGUGGACGUGGACGUGGACGUGGACGUGGACCUGGACGUGGACGUGGACGUGGACGUGGACGUGGAGAUGGACGUGGACGUGGACAUGGACGUGGACGUGGACAUGGACGUGGACGUGGACCUGGUCGUGGACGUGGACGUGGACGUGGACGUGGACGUGGACGUGGACGUGGACGUGGACUUGGACGUGGACGUGGACGUGGACGUGGACGUGGACGUGGACGUGGAGGUGGACAUGGUCGUGGAGGUGGACGUGGACGUGGACGUGGACCUGGUCGUGGACGUGGACGUGGACGUGGACUUGGACGUGGACGUGGACGUGGACGUGGACGUGGACGUGGACGUGGACGUGGUCGUGGAGGUGGACGUGGACGUGGACGUGGACGUGGUCGUGGACGUGGACGUGGACGUGGACGUGGACGUGGACGUGGACGUGGACGUGGACGUGGACGUACACGUGGACGUGGACGUGGACGUGGACGUGGACAUGGACGUGGACGUGGACGUGGACGUGGAGAUGGACGUGGACAUGGACGUGGACGUAAACGUGGACGUGGACGUGGACGUGGACGUGGACGUGGACGUGGACUUGGACGUGGACGUGGACGUGGACGUGGACGUGGACAUGGACGUGAACGUGGACGUGGUCGUGGUCAUGGAGGUGGACGUGGACGUGAACGUGGACGUGGUCGUGGACGUGGACGUGGACGUGGACGUGGACGUGGACGUGGAGGUGGACGUGGACGUGGACGUGGACGUGGUCGUGGACGUGGACGUGGACGUGGUCGUGGACGUGGACGUAGACGUGGACUUGGACGUGGACGUGGACGUGGACGUGGACGUGGACGUGGACGUACACGUGGACGUGGACAUGGACGUAGACGUGGACGUGGACAUGGACGUGGACGUGGACGUGGACGUGGACGUGGACGUGGACGUGGAGGACGUGGACGUGGACGUGGACGUGGAGGACGUGGACGUGGACAUGGACGUGGACAUGGACGUUGACAUGGACGUGGACGUGGACGUGGACGUGGACGUGGUCGUGGACGUGGACGUGGACAUGGACAUGGACGUGGACGUGGACGUGGACGUGGACGUGGAGGUGGACGUGGACGUGGACAUAGACGUGGUCGUGGACGUGGACGUGGACGUGGUCGUGGACGUGGACGUGGACGUGGACGUGGACAUGGACGUGGACGUGGACGUGGUCGUGGUCGUGGACGUGGACGUGGACCUGGUCGUGGACGUGGACGUGGACGUGGACGUGGACGUGGACGUGGAGAUGGACGUUGACGUGGACGUGGACGUGGACGUGGACGUGGACGUGGACGUGAACGUGGACGUGGACGUGGACGUGGACGUGAACGUGGACCUGGACGUGGACGUGGACGUGGACGUGGACGUGGACUUGGACGUGGUCGUGGACGUGGACGUGGACUUGGACGUGGUCGUGGACGUGGUCGUGGACGUGGACAUGGUCGUGGACGUGGAUGUGGACGUGGACGUGGACGUGGACUUGGACGUGGACGUGGACGUGGACGUGGACGUGGACUUGGACGUGGACGUGGACGUGGACGUGGACGUGGACAUGGACGUGGACGUGGACUUGGACGUGGACGUGGACGUGGACGUGGACAUGGUCGUGGUCAUGGACGUGAACGUGGACGUGGACGUGGACGUGGACAUGGUCAUGGACGUGGACAUGGACGUGGACGUGGACGUGGACGUGGACAUGGUCGUGGACGUGGACGUGGACGUGGACGUGGACAUGGUCGUGGACGUGGACCUGGUCGUGGACGUGGACGUGGACGUGGACAUGGACGUGGACAGGGACGUGGACGUGGACGUGGACGCGGACAUGGACGUGGACGUGGACGUGGACGUGGACGUGGGCGUGGACAUGGACGUGGACGUGGACAUGGACGUGGACGUGGACCUGGACGUGAACGUGGACGUGGACGUGGACGUGGACAUGGUCGUGGACGUGGACGUGGAGGUGGACAUGGUCGUGGACGUGGACGUGGAGGACUUGGACGUGGAGAUGGACGUGGACUUGGACGUGGACUUGGACGUGGACGUGGACGUGGACCUGGUCGUGGACGUGGACGUGGACCUGGUCGUGGACGUGGACGUGGACGUGGACGUGGACGUGGACCUGGUCGUGGACGUGGACGUGGACGUGGACGUGGACGUGGACGUGGAGAUGGACGUGGACGUGGACGUGGACGUGGACGUGGACGUGGACGUGGACGUGAACGUGGACGUGGACGUGGACGUGAACGUGGACGUGGACGUGGACGUGGACGUGGACGUGGACGUGGAGUUGGACGUGGUCGUGGACGUGGACGUGGACUUGGACGUGGUUGUGGACGUGGUCGUGGACGUGGACAUGGUCGUGGACGUGGACGUGGACGUGGACGUGGACGUGGACUUGGACGUGGACGUGGACGUAGACGUGGACGUGGACUUGGACGUGGACGUGGACGUGGACGUGGACGUGGACAUGGACGUGGACGUGGACUUGGACGUGGACGUGGACGUGGACGUGGACAUGGUCGUGGUCGUGGACGUGGACGUGGACGUGGACGUGGACGUGGACAUGGUCAUGGACGUGGACGUGGACGUGGACGUGGACGUGGACAUGGACGUGGACGUGGACAUGGUCGUGGACGUGGACCUGGUCGUGGACGUGGACGUGGACAUAGACCAGGCAAGCUCCUGGACCAGGCACGCUCCUGGACCAGGCAAGCUGUUAGACCAGGCAAGCUCCUGGACCAGGCAAGCUCCUGGACCAGGCACGCUCCUGGACCAGGCAAGCUCCUGGACCAGGCAAGCUCCUGGACCAGGCAAGCUCGUGGACCAGGCAUGCUCCUGGACCAGGCAAGAUCCUAGACCAGGCAAGCUCCUGGACCAGGCAAGCUCCUGGAUCAGGCAAGCUCCUAGACCAGGCACGCUCCUGGACCAGGCAAGCUGUUAG